CUGAAUAUCCUUUUUUACUCGACACCGGGGCUACCAUGUCCUCAGUGGGGAGGGAAUAUGCGGGUCCUUUAUCUACACGGUCUGUAAGCUCUGUGGGAAUAGAAGGGGUUCCUUUCCAUUCCAGUUGCACGCCCCCCCUUUCUGUUACUUGUGCCCUUGAUCCUUUACUGAAGUUUUCUCACUCCUUUGUUUGCAUGCCUGAUUGCCCUUUUAACCUGCUUGGACGGGACCUCAUGAGCCUCCUAGGGCUCUCUAUUUCUUUUAAUGGCUCACACAUGGUUGUUGACAUACCAGACGAAACCUCGUCGGCUGCUCUUGCCCUCACCUCUCUUUCUCUUCCCCAUAACCUUCUCAAUGCUGCUUGUGCCGUUACCUGCCUCACACCCUCUCUUUCUGAUCUCCCAGCUUCUCUUUGGGCGGAACAUAAGGACGAGGUGGGCUUUGUUAACUGUACCCCUUACGAGGCGGUCAUUAAACACUCUUCGCCAGUAUAUGUAAAACAGUACCCCCUUUCCCCAGCUAAACUGUCUGGCAUUGAUGAUGUUCUGUGUUCUCUCCUAGAGCAAGGUGUGGUUGUUCCCUGUGUCAGCCCUUAUAACACUCCAGUGAACCCGGUGCAGAAGCCCAACGGCACGUGGCGUUUCACCCAGGAUUUGCGCUGCCGAACUAUACGCUCUAACCCGUGCAUGUGUUAUUGCCCAGGACACAGACGUCACUAUCUACACUGAUUCACGUUACGCUUUCGGCGUUGCUCACGACUUUGGUCGGAUUUGGGCUUCGCGUGGGUUCACCACUGCAGACGGUA